AUGGACCCUGCGCGGGCAAAGGUGAGGCGCCGAGAAGACGCGGUUUCGGCAGCGGCGCGGGAGCGGAUCCCCAGGGUUGAUCCAUAUGGAUUUGAAAGGCCUGAAGACUUUGAUUAUGCAUCUUAUGAAGAAUUUUUUUCCACCUAUCUGGUAAUACUCACUAGAAGAGCAAUAAAAUGGUCUAAACUUUUAACAGGAAAUACCACUGUCCAGAAAAGUAUGAAAGUCAAGCGCUACAUCCGGAAAGGUGUCCCGCUUGAACACCGGGCACGUGUGUGGAUGGGGAUGAGUGGAGCUCAGGCCCAGAUGGAACAGAAUCCUGGCUAUUACCACAGACUUCUCCAGGGAGAGCGAGAUGACAGCCUAGAGGAAGCCAUCCUGACAGAUAUGAACAGGACCUUUCCCGACAAUGUAAAAUUCCGAAAAACUUCUGAUCCCUGUUUACAAAACACCCUGUACAAUGUGCUGUUGGCAUAUGGUCAUCAUAACCAAGGUGUGGGAUACUGCCAGGGAAUGAAUUUUAUAGCAGGAUAUCUGAUUCUUAUAACAAAGAAUGAGGAAGAAUCUUUUUGGCUAUUAGAUGCUCUUGUUGGAAGAAUAUUGCCUGACUACUAUAGCCCUGCAAUGCUGGGUCUGAAAACAGACCAGGAGGUGCUGGGGGAGAUGGUGAGGAUGAAGAUUCCCGCAGUGGCAGACCUGCUGGAGGGAUAUGGUGUCCCGUGGACCCUGGUGGUGUCCCGCUGGUUCAUUUGCUUGUUCAUUGACAUCCUACCUGUAGAGACUGUGCUUCGGAUCUGGGAUUGUUUAUUCAACGAAGGCUCCAAAAUUAUCUUCAGAGUGGCCUUAACUUUAAUUAAGCAGCAUCAGGCUUUUAUUUUGGAAGCCAGCAGUUUUGCGGACGUUUGUGAUAAGUUUAAGCAGAUUACCAAAGGGGAUUUUGUCACAGAAUGUCAUACAUUUAUGCAGAAAAUAUUUUCCGAACCUGGAAGCUUACCCAUGGCAACCAUCAGUAAGCUUCGCGAGAGCUGCAGAGCCAAGUUAGUGGCUCAGGGCUGA